AGUCUUUUUCCGCUCUAUUUGAAUAAUCCAUAUGGCACUUAGCAGCUGAUAUCGCCCACACCGCAUAUAAAUUGCAACUAUCUGAACUCGUCAACUAAUCACAGAAAUGAUCUACUCCACUUAUUUAUUUGCUGGGGUUUUCCUCCUUUCGCUGACUGCUUGCAAUGCGGCUGUCUACCGGAUAAAACGGUCAACAUACUCCUGCUCCAACACUGGAAUGACAGAUGCUAUUCGAGAUCAAAUCCUCAACUAUCACAAUGCAGCUCGUCUGAGAGUAGCAAAAGGCAUUGAACCAAAUAAUGUCGGAAAUCUCAAUCCAGCGAAAAAUAUGUAUAAACUGGAAUGGGAUUGUAACAUGGAGCAGCAAGCACAGGCCGCCAUUUCCUCUUGCCCUGGCAACUUGGCAUCAUGGUCCAAUAUGGCGCAGAAUCUCGUGAAAUACACUAGCACAGGCUCGUUCCCCAAUCCAGCCACACUAAUAAAUUCUACAAUGAAUAAUUGGUGGGAUGCGGCGAAGAAGUAUGGCGUUACCGAUCCACAAAACAGAUAUACGAGCAGUAAAUUGUACAGUUUUUCCAAUAUGGUCUUUCCUGAAACAACUAAGAUUGGCUGCGCUUAUAAAGUUUGCACCGGUUCCACAAAUGCAUUGACAUUCACUUGCCUUUAUAAUGGAAUUGGUUAUUAUACAAAUGAACCGAUGUGGGAGACCGGAUCAGCCUGUGUAACUGGUGCGGACUGUACCACAUACGCUAAUUCUGGUUGUUCUGGUGGUCUCUGCACUAAAGGAGCUGAUAUACCAGAUACCAACAAUCAGUGCGCCACCAACACUGGAAUGACAGACGCGGUUAGGCAGAAAUUCCUAACUCUCCACAACAGCUUCAGAUCAAGUCUUGCUCGUGGGCUAGAACCUGACGCCUUGGGAGGAAAUGCUCCGAAGGCGUCGAAAAUGCUUAAAAUGGUUUAUGAUUGCUCUGUAGAAGCAAAUGCCAUGAAGCACGCUAAAAAAUGUGUCUACGAACAUUCUGAAGACAAGGAAAGACCAAAUCUUGGGGAAAAUCUUUAUUAUACCAGUGCCCUUAAUUUUGACAAAGUUAAAGCCGCCGCUCAGGCAUCGCAAUUAUGGUGGAACGAAUUGAAAGAAUAUGGAGUUGGUCCAUCUAAUAAGCUAACUCGUGCGCUCUGGGACAGAAACAACACGCAAAUUGGUCACUACUCUCAGAUGGCUUGGGAAACUAGCUACAAGCUUGGAUGUGCUGUCGUAGCCUGUUCCAAAUUCACCUAUGCCGUCUGUCAAUAUGGACCAGCAGGUAAUUACCUAGAUAACUUGAUCUACACGAUUGGAAACCCGUGCACUUCUGACGCUGGAUGUCCAGGAUCAUACACAUGCAGCGUGGCGGAAGGAUUAUGCAAUGUUGUGUGAACUUCUACUAUGCAAUAAUAAACAUCUAUGAAUUUCAAAAUAGUUGCC